AUUAGCCUCUUUGUUUCUUUCUUCUUCCUCUUCUUCUUCUUUCUUAUUCAUAUUGUUUUCUUCUUUUAAUCCCCAUGUUGUUCUGAAACCCCAUGGCAUGCUUAGAAAUGUACAACUCAGAGCACAAGGGUCAUCAUCAUCUUCAUUGUCCUCCAAUCAGCCCCAGGAUCUCUUUCUCAAAUGAUUUUGUGGAUUCCCAACAUGCCUCCAUUAUUCAUCAGGAAAGAAGCUCCAGGGAUGCCCCUGUUUCCUCUGACUUUGAAUUCUCUGUCUCAAGUUAUUCCAUGAUGAGUGCCGAUGAGCUUUUCUCCAAAGGUAGGAUCUUGCCCUUUAAGGACACUCAGAUGCAGAGGACCACCACCACUCUGAGGGAAGAGCUUCUCGUGGAUGAUGAUGAUGAAUAUGAACAUUUCUCGCUAAGGCCUCCAAAGGGUCCUUCCACCAGCUGGAAGGGAUUUCUGGGUCUCAGAAAAAGUCACAUUGGAUCCAAGAAAGCUGAUAAGAGUGAAGGAUCUAUUGAUAAAGAAGUUGAUGGACCAAGAAGGUCUAGAUUAGUUAAUGAAGGAGCUCGUGUUACUGUGACUUCACAGGAAGGAGGAUCUGGCUGCAGAGACGUGGAGAUUGGGAUAUAGAGUGAUUGGUGAAGAUGUUAAAUUUGUAGAUGGUUGAAUCGAAUUUUUAAAGUUUCCUUUGUUUUUUAAGGAGUGACAGUAUCGGAUGAUGAGGGUCUGUUUUUUCUUCCUUUGUCUGCUCUAGCAGCUUGGGGUUAUUUAAGGUAGUGGGUUUGGGUUAGGACUGAUCAUUUUGCUUUUUCCAAUUUGAUUUAUCCUCCUUCUCCUCUGAUCUCUAUUUAUUUUCUCCGAG